AUGCAGUCUUUUCGUGCGCUGUCUCCAUCAGCAAUUCGCAGGACAUCGUUAUGGUACAUGAGCAUGUUCGGCUGGGUUUUCAUUGCUUUCGUAAACAUCCUUUUGGUGGGACAACAAACCGGACCACCGCCAAAUGUCUAUUAUUGCUUGGCUCAAGCCAGCCUCGUAUAUUCAUCUACAGCCUACAGCGCCAUGACCUUCGCUGCAUACAUGACUCAGACAUACUGCUCAAUAGCUUCACCUGAGCUCAAACAUCUUAGUAACCGUCCACUCUUCGUCGCCUUAUUGCAUAUCAUCCCCAGUUUAGUUUUUGUCGCCAUUGUUCUAGAAAUCCUUAUUGUUGGUCUGAAGCAGAAAAAUCUCAUUGAACGGGAGCCCUAUGGAAUGUAUUGUCACCUUCAGACAUCAACACCAGCUCAUGUCACCGCUGGAGUCAUCUUAAUUGGAAUGUCAAUUGUAUUGGUCUUCGAGUUGCUUAUUUUUCGGCUUAUACGUCAAACUAGCCAAGGCGUUCGAUCAGUUUCACGGAACUCCAUGAGUGUGGCUCAAGAGAGUUUCUCGCGUGAAAUAUUCAUUCGAAUGGCAGUCUUUAGUACAUGGGCGUUCAUUUGUGUCGGACUGUCUAGUAUCCAAUAUCUACCUGACACCAUGUCGGUCGACUAUGCUAAAGUGCAGAUCGUCCAAGCCACGCUGCCUUGCAUUGCGACAUUGACAGUGGGGACACAAAGGGACGUUAUGAACACAUGUCUAAAACGGAGGAAAUUCUUUGAGUCCCGAACUGAGCUGUAA